AUGAAAGUGUGGAAGAAAGCAUCUGACAAGUUGGUAAAGUCAAGUAUCACACUCUACAACAAUAAAACAAAAGACUUCUUCAUUAUCGGUAAAAGUGUAUUCGACAUUGAAUUCAAGAAUAGCUACUUCUUAAAGUUAGAUAAAGUAUUGAAAAAGUUGUCUGUCAAGGAAUGUCUCUUACAAUUCGGUCAAGAUCUUCCAUUAUCUAUGAUUUUGUAUGUUAAUAUAUAA